AUGGCUCCUCACAAUCACCUUCUACAAUGCGUCUACGUGACGCUUUCUCUCUUUUGUCUGCUCUCUCAGCCCUUCGUGUGUUUGGGGGUCGAUAUGAACCCCAUUGAAGAGCUGGAGUACCUCGUGAAAUUACAAGAUGGCGUGUCCGUAGACAGUGUUUGUGAAAAAUUGAAAGAACAAGACGUCAAACACCAAGUGACAAUGAAGAUGGACACGAACGACCUCGUAAACCUUUUCACGAUCAAACUCAAGAGUGCUUCAGACGCAGAAGUUCUUAACCAAAACCCCCAGGUCAUGAAAGUACAAGCCGUACAGACCAUGAAACGUGCGGAUCCAACGAUGGGCAACACGUUGACUACCCAAGGUGUCAAGCCCACCAAUAGCGCCUUUGGACCGCAUCGACAGACUCGCGUCGCUGACAUGCACAAGUUAGGCCGGUUUGGACAAGGGAUAAAGAUAGCUAUCAUUGAUAGCGGUGUUGAUUGCUCUCAUCCUGCCCUGGGUGGCGGUUUCGGACCAGGAAAGAAAAUUUCUUUCGGUGCUGAUCUCGUUGGAGAUAACUUUGACGGCCACACGGUGAACAACCCCAAUCCCACCCCGUGUACGCCCUGUGGAAUGCAUGGCACUCACACAACCGGUAUCAUUGGUGCCGAUGACGUUGGAUUCGGCUUCAACGGAGUUGCCCCAAAUGCUACUCUGGGAAUGUACCUAUUUGGAUGUGAUGGCUCGGCCGGAACUACUGAUGCUCUAACGGCCAAGGCGUUGCUUCAAGCCUACAAGGAUGGAGCUCAAAUCAUAUCUGGAUCCUUGGGAGGUAUUGGGGGUUGGUCCACAGGUGAUAUCCUCAGUGAUACCGUCGAUGCUCUUGCCGCCAAAGGAGUCAUCGUCGUUCUCGCUGUCGGAAACGAAGGAAAUGAAGGUGUAUUCUAUACAGAAACUCCAGCUGCAUCUCCCUCCGUGAUCUCGACAGGCUGGGUACAAUCAUCCACUACAGUCAUGACCACCUUCGUGGCCUCCAACAAUAAGGAGAUGUCUUACCACUCUGCCUCUCGGAUCAAUGGAACUAAUCUUAAGGUCUGGUUCAAUCCUAAUAUUGGGCCGGAAGGUGAUGCUUGUUCGCCCCCGGGGCCAGAAAGCCUUGAUUUAUCAAAUGUAGUUGUGUUGAUCAAAAGAGGUGUUUGUACCUUCAUAACCAAGUUACAAAACGUCAGAAAGCGUGGCGCGCGCCGUGUGUUGAUAUACAUGACCGACGAGAACAUAGUAACGCUAGAAGGUAGGUUGCAAGGGAUUGAUCUUGGUACAAUUUCGAAUAGCGAUGGAUUGUACAUCAUCCAGCAAGCCCAGCAGGAUCCCAAUUUCUCACUUAGUUUCCCCGAAAGGCCUCAUCUUUUUGCGUACGACGCCGGACAAGUGAACCCCGCCUCAAACUAUGGGCCAAGUUUUGACUUCAAGAGCAUCCAGCCAAACUUUUGUGCAGUCGGUGGAAAUAUGCUAUCGACCGUGCCUGUCAAGGAUGGUAGCUACUUAUUCUCAGGCGGCAAUGAGUGGAUCGUCAAUGGCCACCCCACAGUCUUCUACUCACAGAUGGCAGGUAUUGCUGCUCUCGUUCUCAGUACCCGCACCGAAAAACUCAACAUCCAACAAUUGAGGGCCUUGUUAUCCACCACGAGUCAAAUGAUUGUUACAAUCAACAGCACUAGCAUCCUAGAACCUGCAAUUCAUCAAGGUUCGGGCUUGGUAAAUGCUUAUUGUGCAGCAUACACAAAGACGUUGGUAUCAAUAGGCUCGAUGACUUUGAGGGAUUUGGAGCACUUCACAGGAAGACAAGAGUUUACUAUCACCAACGUUGGCACCCAGUCAUACAGCUAUACUAUUGAGCACAGACCCGCUCAAACAUUAGCCAGCUUUGCCCCCGGGACUAGCACCCCCUCCGCCAACCCUUUGCCCAUCGAUGGACAUCCCCCUGCUAACAUGCAAACCAACCCUCAGACGUUCCAAGUCGCUCCGGGACAAACCAAAACAAUUGUUGUUCAAUUCACCCCACCUCAGGGCUUGGACCAGAAAGUGCUCCCCAUCUAUUCGGGAUAUGUUUAUCUGAAAACUGAUUCGGAAUGCGAGCGUCACUCCAUUCCAUAUUAUGGAGUUUACGGAUCCAUGAGGUCUCAGAAGUAUAUCAAUUACGGCCCCGACACUGAGCCUUGGACUCAGUAUAAACUUCCGCGUGUCUCUAAUUCCAACCGUACUACGCCAACGAAGCCCUUCACAUUUGCAGCCGACGACGUGCCAUGGAUGCGAUAUAGACUUGACAUGGGAACCCCGUGGUCACAGCUGGACCUGGCAACCUCAGACUCGAUCUUGGGAUCACGCGACCUAGCUCCAUCGUCGGGUCCGGAGGUGUCUCUUGAUGCUUACAGAAAUAUAAAACUCAUCGAGAGUACUUUCCGUGGGGUGAAGCUCCUGGGACGUCUUGACAAGUCCAACAACACCUUUGCGAACCGUCCUGCGGCAACGGUGACAUUUGUACAGCCACUCUCCGGAUUGAUGAACCCUUACACUAAUUUGACAGCGGCUGUGAAUAUCCCCGAUGGUUCAUACAAGAUACUGUUACGUGUCUUAUCCAUCUUUGGUGACCCGACCAAGCCCGGCGACUAUGAUGCCUACCUGUCAGACGCGUUCACAGUGGCCCGUACUGGCGCCCCUACUACCAUACCUGCUUAA